AUGGGCAUCUUUUAUUCCAAAGGCUUCACACCGGAUGAGCUUCCAGAUCUCACUGGCAAAGUUAUCAUUGUCACGGGAGGAAAUGCAGGAAUAGGGUAUGCGACUACUCAACAUCUCGCCAGGCAUGGUGCGAAAGUCUACAUGGCCGCUCGUAAUGAAGAGCGAGCGCGCAAGGCGAUUGAUCGGUUGCAUGCAGCGGGGCUCGGUCCAGGAAAUGGCGAAGUGAUAUGGUUACCGUUGGACUAUGCCAAUCCAAGGCUUGCGAAAAACGCGGCUGAGGCGUUCUUGGAUAAAGAGGAGAGGCUGGACGCGAUAGUUAAACUUCUCUACUUUAGGCUUCUCGUGCCUUACGCCAAGUCCUAUGACGGUCGGUCAGACUUACAUUCAGUGUCCUACUUGAGCCCUGCGGUAUUCGUACAAACGCUGUUACCACUUCUUAAGCGAACUGCGCAAGAACCUAACAGUGACGUUAGGAUCGUCUUCCUGUCCUCACAGGGGCAUGCGCUCGCCCCUGCCGGUGUUCGCUUCCGCAGAGUCGAUGACUUCAAUAUGGAAUUCAAAGGCCAGCUGUUCUCCGAGAAUAGGCGAUAUUGUCUGAGCAAGUACAUGGGCGCUUUGUAUGUAAAGGAGUUGCAAAAACAUUUGGACGAAGAAGGAUCCUCGAUAAUCGUCAUGUUCGUUCACCCAGGGGUUGUAAAUUCCGAAGGCGUCCAACAGUAUGCCCACUCUUCCGGCCCCAUCCUCGCUCCCAUCUACUCGUUCAUCGCGCGUGCCCUAUUUACGACUCCAGGAAAGGGCGCAUAUAGCACAGUAUUUGCCGUUGCCGCGCCAAUUGUACGCGCCGAGCCGCGCAAAUACCGAGGAGCGUAUAUCGUUCCCCCGGGAAAACUGGGCACUCCUGGUCAGGCUGUGAAUAAUCAGGAGGUGGCGAGGGAGUUGUGGGAGACGACUGAACAGGUCCUAAAGGAUAUUGGGGCUCGUGAGCGGCACGUCGAGGGAGAAUGAAUUAGAUCGGUUUGUACUCUCGUGUGGCGCCAGUGCUGUAUACCCGAUGAAUUCCGGAACAUGUAUGGACUCGGCUGCCUCAUACUAUCUCAAUUACAAGAUAUUGUUGUGUAGAGUGCUCAUAAAUUUAUAUUAUGGAGCAG